GAGAUGAAGAAUAAUACAAAGGUGACAGAAUUUCUCCUGUUGAGUCUCACCAAUGACCCAGGAUUACAGCUUCGCCUCUUCAUGAUAUUUCUCCUCAUCUAUACCAUCACCCUGGUGGGAAAUCUAGGAAUGAUUCUGAUAAUUUUCCUAGACUCUUGUCUCCACAGUCCCAUGUACUUUUUUCUAGGUAAUCUGUCUUUGGUUGAUUUUUGUUACUCCUCAGCUGUCACCCCUAAAGUCAUGACUGGGCUUCUAAUCGGAAACAAGAACAUUUCCUAUAAUGACUGUGCUGCGCAGAUGUUCUUUUUUAUAGCCUUCGCUACUGUGGAAAAUUACCUGCUGGCCUCAAUGGCCUAUGAUCGUUAUGCAGCAGUAUGUAAGCCCUUGCACUAUGCUACCACCAUGACUUCAAGUGUGUGUGCCUGUCUUUCUAUAGGUUCCUAUGUAUGUGGUUUCCUGAAUUCCUCCAUCAACACUUGGAACACUUUCAGUCUUUCCUUCUGUGGGUCUAAUGUUGUCCAUCAUUUCUUCUGUGAUAUUCCAGCAGUCAUGAUUCUCUCUUGCUCUGACACCCAUUUGAGUAAGCUGGUCCUUAUCUAUGUGGGAAGCUUCAGUAUAUUUUUUUCUCUCUUAGUUAUUUCUGUAUCCUACAUAUUCAUUUUUAUCACAAUCUUCAAACUGCACUCAAGUGCUGGAUAUGGAAAGGCUGUUUCCACUUGUGCCUCACACUUCACUGCAGUGUCUAUUUUCUAUGGGACAGUCAUAUUCAUGUACUUGCUGCCUAGCUCCAGUCACUCCAUGGACACUGACCAAAUUGCAUCUGUGUUCUACACCAUGAUCAUCCCUAUGCUGAACCCUCUGGUCUACAGUCUACGGAACAAAGAAGUCAAGAGUGCAUUCACAAAAGUUAUUUGGUGGCAAAAUAGCCUGCAGUGA